AUAAUUAAACGAAUCGACUGCAUGAAUGAUUAGAUAUAAACCCUUUUCCUGAGUACAGUUGAAUACUCGCUCUGCUCUUUUACUUUAAACAAACAACACAGCGGAGAGGUGUGGCCAAUGCUGGAGCCAAAAUGGCUAAGGCAGGACGAUAGUUUCUCAGUUUGCACUGAUUCUCCUGAACUAAACGUUAGCUGAGUAGCUAGCUUAACAAGGAACCAGCUCAGAGACGGAAACCCGGUGACAGGGGAACAUGGCCGAACUUGAGCAACACGAAGGAGAGCAGGACAUUGAGAAGAAAAUUGAGGAGACGAGACAGAAAUUUAAGAAUGAGUUCCUGCAAGAAUCGACGGAUAAAUAUGACUCCAGAGAUGUGGAAAGGCUUGACAAAGAUGAUGCCCUAGUGGAGGGCUACCUUCAAUGGAGACUUUGUGUUGUCGAAGAUGCCUUGAAAUUAAUUGACGAAAGUCUUCAGUGGAGAAAGGAAUUUGGUGUAAAUGAUCUCACUGAGAGCGCCAUCCCCAGAUGGAUGUUCGAGACUGGCGCUGUCUAUCUCCACGGCUAUGACAAAGAGGGCAACAAACUCUUCUGGUUCAAGGUAAAGCUUCACGUCAAGGAUACUAAAACUAUCAUGGACAAGAAGAAGUACGUGGCCUUCUGGCUGGAGCGGUAUGCGAAGAAGGAACCUGGAAUGCCGCUCACUGUUAUCUUUGAUAUGGCAGAGUCUGGCCUCAGCAAUAUAGACAUGGAGUUUGUGAAGUACAUCAUUAAUUGCUUCAAAGUAUAUUAUCCAAAGUUUUUAUCCAAAAUGAUCAUCGUGGAUAUGCCUUGGAUCAUGAAUGCUGCGUGGAAAAUUGUGAAGUCUUGGUUGGGUCCCGAGGCAGUCAGCAAGCUCAAGUUUGCUUCCAGAUCUGAGGUCCAUGGAUUCAUAGACCCCGAGUACCUGCCAGCCCAUAUGGGGGGAACGGUAUGUUACAAUGUGUUUCGCUACUGGACAAAAAGAACACGGGCUCACCAGCCAAUUUGCAAAAACAAACUUAAAGUAACUAAGAACAACUUUCUUCUUAAAGAAAGUGACUAAAUUAAACAAUACACAAAAAGGUAAACUGGAGCACAUCUCCAAACAAU